AUGCCUAAUUCUGGUAUUUUUUCUCUCGUAGAUUCACCCUACGUGGGCCAUUACGACGCGUGGAAGACAAAGAUUUCAGAUCAGUUCUCCACAUUAACUGAUGACGAGGAAUCCGUGUUAUAUUGUUUUCUGUGUUCUGACUCCGGUCCUCCUGACUUCACUGACACAGAGUGGCUGGACAUGCUUAAUAAGAUACGACAGGACGUGUGCCGUGAAGAGAAUCCUGUAACAAGUGAGGAAGCACAGCAGACUCUGGACAGACUGAAGUCACGUGAUUACCUUUGGGAAGAUCAGGACAAGAUAACGGAGGACACAAAGGAUGAGACAAUGUAUAGGAUAGCAUCAAUAGGCCGUGAUAUACCAUUCCUUUACAGUAGUUAUGACACAGCCAGUGUAUACCUGAGAUCACAGAGAUACAACAUAAAACCUGGAGAGAAGUGUGUCUGUAGCAGCAUCAUUAUCAUAGGUAUCGGUGCUGGUUCUGAUUACUUACUGAUACACCGUCUACAGAUGAACAUACUGACUCACGUCAUCAUGGAGGAUACCGAUAUAUAUGAUAAGAUAUACCAGAUAUUGAAUGUUUCAAACAAAAUAAUAAAUGACUCUGAAGAUAAAAGAAAAGGAUUUUUAAUGGAUCUAAGAAGAGAAGGGGAGGCUGUACAUUACAGAGGAAGAUCACAGGACAGUGUAGAUCACGUGACGUGGCUCUGGAGAUACGAGUAUGACGCAAGACCUAACAUCGUGAGAUCCUGUAUAGGCCUCCAUCCACACAAUGACAUUUACAUCAUCGACAACAAAGCUUACAGAAAACCAAGUAAACACCAUACCUAUUCACCGGAAGUCAGAUGUCUACUGUACUGUUUACUGUUCACUGAGAAAUAUCAACUGAAUCUCAAUGAACAAUCACACAGAAUCACAAGGGAUAAAAUCAGAGACAGAUAUUUCACUGAUAUUUCUGAUGAUGGCUUGGUAGAUCUUCCUAAUGGAAUCACAGAAACGCAUAACGGUGUGAUGACCUUUAAAUCGGACGAUAUCAGACAUGACGUCAUGUACGCCUUUGUUACGGAGUGUUUGGUGGAGGAAAAUGAUCUGGAGUUUUUCCUGACCACUGCGUCACGUGACGUGAUAUCAGAAUAUUGCAGGUCCUGGUGGUGUAAGAGGAGUGAGGGAGAGAGAUGUCUGUAUGUACCGAACAGACCGGAGAUGUACGACCUCUUCAUAGACAAACUACAGCUGGACAUCAUCACACACUGUACCGUGUCUGACUGGAGGAUUCAUUACAGUAUCAGUGAAUGUUUGGGUGUCCCAGAGGAAAUACUACGAUGGGACCAGGAGGCCAGAGAGCGGUAUGUGGAGUAUGCUAAGAGAGGAACACAGACAGUCCACCAUGCCCGGGGGAUGAUUGUAGGAUGUGCUGGGGCGGGGAAAACCACGCUACUUAAACGUCUGAUUGGUUGUAGUGAAGAUGUGAUAAAGGACGUUAAAUCUACUGAGGGAUUGGAGGUGCAUGAGGAAAUAUUUGAUAUAUGUGAUGAAACAAAAUCAUUAAGAGCAAAGAAAAACAAGGACAACAAUGGGAAAACAUAUACUACAAGUGUUGGCGCCGAAAAGACUUUGACAUUCUUUGACUUUGGUGGACAGUGUGCGUACUACGCCUGUCACCAGAUUUACCUGACCAGGAGGGCUUUCUAUGUAGUGGUGGUGGACUCUUCAAAAUGUCUUGACCAGAAGGUGGAUAAGAAAGUGUGUGAUCAAGAUGGAAGCGUGUUUUCUGGAUGGACCUAUGGAGACUACUUUGUGUUCUGGAUAAAGUCUAUACAUACCUACUGUGGUUCUGACAACGAAAAAGAUACAAAACCCGUAAUAGUAAUCGUUGCAACACAUUGGGAAGAACGAAAUAGACAGUUCAGGGAUAAAAGAGAUUUGAUUGAGAACUUGCUGGGUCAGUUUCCAAAGACAUCUAAUCUAUCACAAUACAUCAGAGAUGAUAAUGUUUAUUGUACAGAGUUUACUUUACCUCUCCUUGAUUUGGAAACAUGCUUCUUCAACAUAGCUUCCAAUCAACGAUGGAGAGAAAGCAUUCCAAAAGAAUGGUCUUUCUUCGGAAUAGAAGUUAACCAGAAAAAAUUCUCAGAGCGAAUCAUGAAGAUCUCAGAAAUAAAGACAAAAGUUCCAGAGUUUACAAUUAUUGGACAGAAUAAAUUUCAUAAAGGAAAUGAAAAACAAGAUAUGCUACGAUAUUAUCAUGAUGCCGGGAAAGCUCUAUAUUUUCAUGAAAAUGGUCUGGACGAAAAGGUUAUUAUUGACGUGCAAUGGUUUAUUGACGCCUUCAAACAUAUCAUCACAGACGAACUACAUAUCAAAGGUUUGCCUGUAUCUCAAGGGAACUGGGAUGAAUAUUACAAAACUGGAAAUUUGCUAGACAAACUUCUGAAAGAAAUCUGGAAACAUAAAGACAAAGAGUUGUAUGAAAUGCUAGAGAAAAAGGAGUACUUCUAUAUUAAACGCAGAUCAUAUGAGGAAGAUAAAAGAUUUCUACAAUAUCAUAAGGAAUCACUUCUUAAUUUUAUGCAAAGACUUGGAUUGAUGGCUGUUGGUACGGAAUCCCACUAUGUUCCGUGCAUGAAUCGUAAAGAGGUAGAAAAAGGACUUCAAGAUCUCAUCAAAAAAUCAGGAAGCAAAUCAUCUGUCCUUGUUUAUCAAUUUGAAUUUCUGCCAUUUUUCUUGUUUUACCGGCUUGUUGUUGCUUGUAUGCAAGAAGUUGGUUGGAAAGUACUCGAAAAUGAUGGCACAUCUUGCCUCUACAGAAACGCUGCUUUGUUUUCUUAUAUGGAAUGCAAUAUCGUUUUAUCCGUCAAUAAAGAUUCUAUACAACUUCAGGUGCUUCAUCCGUUGGCGGGAAAUGUUUUGGAAGGAGUACAAACAUGCACAAUUCAAAAAAGAAUAGAGGAAAUGAUGGAAAAUCUUUCAGGAUCAUUUUACAGAAAAAUACAGUUUGUUAGAGGCUUUAGAUGUCGAAGAGACGAGGUAGAAACAAUUGCAAUGAAUAUUGAGAAACAUUUUUUACCAGAAACAAGGAUUCCGAAAGAAGAUCGCGAAAUGAUAUGCCCUUUGCAUUCAAUCACUGAUCGGCAUACCAUCGAUACCAUUGAGUUAACGAGAUACUGGGAAUUGAAGAGGGAACCGACUCUUCUAGAUGGCGAAUAAUUAUCAGAAUUACAUAUAAUUAUAAUUACUUAAUAUUGAACUUUUUGUUUGGUUUGCAAUGAUUCACAAAUGUUUUACAGUUGGAUGAAUCGAAAUUCUAUAUCCGCAGUAAGGUUUUCAAAAACGUCUUGGACGUUCAAAUUUUUGUUCGAAAAGACAUGAGGAUACUCGUAUAAGAAGUGGUUCACAAUGUGUAUCAAUAUAUAUCGACGUUAUGACACACAAAUUUUUUUGGUAUCAAUUUUCAUAGGCAAACUGGUAAAGUACAUGUAUAUAUUGCAUAUUAUCACUUAGAAUUUAUACAUAUACUGUACAUUAUACAAGGAUCGUUCAAUAAAUUUUGCUAAAGGUCAUCUAAAACAUAAGUAAAAUAGCCUUUUAAUAGUUUCAAACCCUUAAAGUAUUCCCUGUUACUCUUUACAUAUGUCUUAGGUAUUUAUACCCAUGACAAGAAAACCUCAGCGUACUCAUCUUAGGGAUCCCAAAAGACACGAUGGAAAACACAUCCCAUAACAUAUCUGAAAUUGUACAGUCAUCCUUUGAUUGUUUUCAUGCGUUUUUGGAUUAAAAGAUCUUACAAUGGAUGAGGUCUAGCGAAUAGGGGGGAUGACAAAGUUCUGUAAAAUUUUUUCUUCAAAAUUUCAUAUAAUUCGCUAUGCUUAUUUACAGCAGCGUUAUCAGGUACUGUAAAAUUACCAAGGGGACUGGCGUUUGGACCCUUUGCAGAAAAUCUGCUUAACUUGCGUACUAAUAUGUACUUAAAACUAAUAAAUCAUGUUUGGAACCCUUGCUUUUCUUUACAAUUAUAGGACGACAUCUUUCUCUGAUUCCACAUUUUAUUACUUAUCUUCCUUUUCGUCUAUAAAAAGUGCACCACUAUUUCGUAAUUUAUCAUGCAAGUCUAUCAAAUCCUCUUUUUUGUAACGAUAUUUCUUUUUUGAAAAGACCAUUGGCAACUACAUGCAUUUGAUAGAAAAAUUAUAUUUUUGUAUAUUCAUUUCCUUUAUGAGAACUCUAUAUUAACUGUUGUGAUGAUGAAAUAUUUAGUGUCUUAGCAAUGUCUAUCAAUCUAAAUCUGACGUUUUCAAUUAUCGUGUUACUCACAGCAUUGAUAUAAAUUUUGUGUCCCUACAGAUUUCGAUCGACCAGUUUGACUGCUAUAUUUCUUUUUACUUCUAAAUGUCUGAAUCUUUUUGAAAACUUUAAAGCGUCAAAGACAAGUUUUUCCACAUAUUAAAGUCAUAUCCUUAAAAUGAAUUCUUUGGCGAUUUACAUAUUUAUUCAUACGCACUCAUUUUCAUUUUCUCGGCAUAGAUCAAGUUUUUCAGUUCAGUGUAGUGGCCAUUCUUACUUUAAAAGUUAAUUCUUUAGGUCAACUUUGAAAUAAUGUUUGUUUGCCCUCCCCCGACUCAAUAUGAAAAAUUUGGGUCUGUAGGUAGGCGGGAAAAUUUAUUUUCCGGAAUGCAUAAAAAAAUAUUUCCUUGAGGCUGAAAAAAGGUUUGAGUCGGAACAUUUUUAGCCAGUCGGUUUGGAGAAGACAACCAAACAAACUUUUAAAGAUAACCUGAGUAGAACUUUUCAACUGUGAAAAAAAAUAGUUAAAUUGAUUACUUCUAUAUUUAUUAUGACAAACUGUAUGUUACAUUAUUUAUUGAACGACCCUUGUUUAACUUUGCCAAAUCUUCAAGAUAAAUCAGCUUUGAUUACCCUUA